AAAUAAAACGCAAACACUUUCGAGAUUACAUGAACUGAGCCUGCGUUCAAAAUGACCAGCGUUCAKCCAAAUGUUUACACGCAACGCCGUUACAAGGAACUUGGGUUGCGGUUUGGCUAAUUUUUGACAAGUUCAACCGCACCUAACCAACACUUUCCUGACAAAAUAAUGCCUUACUAAAUGCUCUAUUAUCACAUCUUCAAAUGAUCUCAGUUUAUGGAGAGUUUGGUUGAAUUACGAGRGUCAAAAAUCAAGUUUCGUCAGCCUAAAGUUUUGGAACUGAAAUGAACAACAACGUUGAAACUGACGAUCUGAGUUUGGCUGAGAAAGCUGCUUCAGAAAGAUUCUUCAACGACUUAGAUCCUCUUAAAGAGGACGUAGCUGAGUGGUUAUGUCGAGUACUUAAGGUUGACAUAACAGCUGAAAAUCUCCUUGAUUAUUUAGACAAUGGAGUGCUUGUUUGCAAGUUAGCUGAGAUCGUGCAGAAGGCAGGAGAGGAUUACUCAAYGUCUGGCAAAACUGGACCAUCUUUCCCUCGUGUUGCUGUUAAAUAUAACAAAAAUGCAAAGAGCCAGUCCUUUCCCGCUAGGGAUAACACUGCGAAUUUUUUAAGUUGGUGUAAAGAGAUCGGAGUUCAAGAAUCUGUCAUGUUUGAGUCAGAUGGGCUUGUUCUGCAUAAACAGCCCAGAGAGGUCGUACUGUGCUUGUUAGAUGUUGCAAGAGUUGCUGCAAAAGUUGGAAUCGAGCCACCGAAUUUGAUUAAACUGGAGAAUGAAAUUGAUAAAGAAAUUGCUGAUGGUGACAAGAACAAGGAGGUGCCGAAACCAAAGACYAAAAAGACUACAAAAGCUUUGAAGAUUGACACAGAGGUAGCACGACUUGCCAAAAAGUAUAAUGUAAGAGUGGAGAAGAUUAAAGAAGGGAGGUACAUUGUGGAAGGAAAAAUAAACAUAUUUGUUAGGAUAUUGCGUAAUCAUGUGAUGGUUCGUGUUGGUGGUGGAUGGGAUACAUUGGAACACUUUAUCAGUCGACAUGACCCAAACAAAGUUGGAAAGUUAUUGACUUCAACACCAGGUGUUUGUCCACACCAUCACCAUGGUGAUAUCCACUGCAAAGGAGUGUGUCCAACAUCGACAUAGUACUAUUAUACUAAUAAUUACACCUCAAGACUAAAACCUUUCAUCAAAAAUCAAUUAUUAUCAUUAUACAGUUAUACUUUCUUCAGUAACAAUUUAUGAGUUGCUGUUGUUUUUCAAGUUGUUUAAAGACAAUKUUUAUUUAAUUAGACAUAAUUUAUCAAUGAACUUUGAUAAGUUCAGAGUGUUAAAACAUUCUUUGCAUUCUUUUAUAUUCAAAUGCGUUAUUUAUUAGUGUGUUAGGGCUUCAUAGUCUCCUGUGCAGCCUACCUUUUGUCACAUUUCCUGUCCUUCUUUUGAGAAGAACAAGGAGCCCAACAAAGUAAAGGCUGUGAAGGAGACUAGGGUUUUCAUUCAAAUGAAUUAAGAUACAAAAAAAUAUAUUUUUAGUCCUUAGGCCAGGUAAAGUAAUGAAUUAUUUUAUUCAAAAACAUUUAUAGAAAAGGGACAUAAUGCAAAAUGCAUUUAGCCAAGAGCACAGACUAGAUAAAAUUUAUUCUUUCAUAUUUUUGUGUCAAGGAAUUUCGCACAAUAGUAGUGCUUUGCAUCAAUUUAUAUUAAAAUUAAUUUAUAUUUGAAUUAAAUUGAGAGUGUUCAUAAUAAAAAUUAUUAUUCAUU